AUGAGAUUUGGCGGACCAGGAAUGAACUCAUACACUAAUACCCGUAGAUAUCCUAGACAGCAACAAGCACAACCACAGUCAAUGAUACAACAAAUACUUCCAAUACUGAUUCUAAUCGGAUUCACAUUGCUUAGCUACCUACCUUCACUACUAGGAUCACUCUUUUCAGUACCAGCACCUGGAUUCUCAUUAGACAAAACAGUUUUCUACUCGAUGGAGAAGUCCACAGGGUUCCCUAAUGAUGUUAAGUACUUUGUCAAUCCAUCUCAGUGGAGGAAUCAUCCAUACUCACAAACCAGUCAAGUACCACAAUCAUUUAGUAAUGAAGUUGAGAGAUUGCUAGCUCAGAGGCUUGGUAGGAAGUUUGAAAUCCUCGGCAAUAAUUCUAUUCACUGUGGUUUCCAUCUCUCCGAGUACAUCGCAGAAACCAUCUCCACUCAGCUCAGGUCAUCCGCCUAUGUCUUUAUCACAGAUUCGAAUAUUCAGAAAUUACACUUGAAUUCUCUUGUUAGCCAUCUCAAGUCCUCUCUCUCUGCCUCUAAUUCCACCGCCAAAGUUCUCAGCUACGUCGUCAGCCCCGGCGAAUCUUCUAAAUCACGCGCUGUCAAGGAAGAUAUUGAGGACUGGAUGUUCUCUCACAGGCUCACUAGGGACACCGUAGUCAUUGCCUUGGGUGGUGGCGUCGUUGGCGACCUCUCUGGCUUCUUAGCUGCUACUUACAUGCGCGGCGUCCCUUUCGUUCAAAUACCGACCACCCUUCUCGCUAUGGUUGACAGCUCCGUCGGCGGCAAGACUGCUAUCGAUGUCCCCGCUGGUAAAAACCUAAUCGGCGCUUUCUGGCAGCCUAAAUUCAUCUUCAUUGAUAUUUCUAUGCUUGAAACCCUGCCUCAGAGAGAAGUCAGCAACGGCAUGGCUGAAGUUAUCAAGACUGCCGCCAUUUGGAACGCUGAGGAGUUCUCCGAUUUGGAAAACAACGCCCCUGCUAUUCUCUCUGCUGUCUCUAAGCCUUCUUCUUCGCCUCAGCACAAGUUUCUCGGUCGCCACAUCUCAAAUCGCACACCAGAACAAUCCCUCAUCUUAAAAGUCGUCAGUGGCUCUAUCGCCGUCAAGUCUCACGUCGUCACAGUGGAUGAGCGUGAAACCGGCCUCAGAAAUCUUGUCAAUUUUGGCCACUCUAUUGGUCAUGCUAUCGAAGCUAUCGUCGCUCCAGAUGUUUUACACGGUGAAUGUAUAUCUGUUGGAAUGGUUCUUGAAGCUGAGGUUUCUAGAGCUUUGGGUCAUCUAUCUCAAGUCGCCGUGGGCAGAAUUUCACGCUGUCUCAAAGCCUUUAAUCUUCCAAUCAGCACUAACGAGGCUUUAUUCUCCCGUCUUCCAAAAUCUACCAACAUCACCGUCGAUCGCUUGAUCGAAAUUAUGGCCGUCGACAAAAAGAAUGCAGGUAGCAACAAAAAGAUUGUUCUUUUGGGAAACAUUGGUAGCACCGUCGAACAAAAAGCUUCAGUUGUUAAAGACGACAUUAUUCGCCGUGUACUCUCUUCGGCCGUGCGCGUAGAAGCUGGUAGCCCUCCAAAGAACUUUACACUUUCCACCCCCGGUUCCAAGAGCAUCAGUAAUCGUGUGAUGGUACUUGCAGCCCUCGGUAAGGGCACUGUUAAAAUCCGUAAUCUUCUUCAUUCCGAUGAUACCAAGGUUAUGAUGUCGGCGCUAAACGACCUUCACGGCGCCAACUUUGCGUUCGAGGAUGGAGGUGACACACUAGUCAUUCAGGGUGGUCAAGGCCACCUCAAUCCUCCUGAUGACGGUAAACAAAUUUACCUCCAAAACGCUGGUACGGCUGCAAGAUUCCUGACUACUGUGUGUACCCUCGUCCAGCCAACUGAAAGACAGCAACACACAGUCAUCACUGGUAAUGCGCGUAUGAAACAACGUCCAAUUGGACCACUCGUUGAUGCUUUACGUAGCAAUGGCUCCGAUAUUGGUUAUCUAGAGAGCGAGGGCGCCCUCCCACUCCAUAUCGCAAGCAAAGAGAGCGGCUUGAUUGGUGGUCAUAUCCAACUAGCUGCUACCGUUUCAUCGCAAUACGUUUCUUCUAUCCUUCUUUGUGCGCCCUACGCAAGCGAAGCCAUCACACUUGAGUUGGUCGGCGGUCAGGUGAUCUCACAGCCUUACAUCGAUAUGACUAUCUCAAUGAUGAAAGAUUUCGGCGUUAAUGUGGAGCGCGUUAAAGACGAUGGUGGUAAAUUGCUCAAUGUUUACAAAAUUCCAAAAACUACCUACACCAACCCAUCUGAAUACAACGUGGAAAGUGACGCCUCGAGCGCUACCUACCCCGCCGCUAUUGCUGCGCUCACAGGCACAACGGUGACCAUUCAAAACAUUGGCAGUGAAAGUUUGCAAGGUGAUGCUGGCUUUGCGAAGAAUGUACUGGAGCCAAUGGGUUGCAGGGUAGUGCAGACCACGACCGAUACUACUGUAACCGGACCCUCUGAGCCACUUAGGGCGCUUGGUAGCAUUGAUAUGGAGACCAUGACGGAUGCUUUCCUCACCGCGUCGUGCGUCCUCGCUGUCGCUACAGGCGAGUCUACAUCUGGAGUGAAAAAGGAGGGCAAUGCGACGCGUAUUUACGGUAUUGCUAAUCAGCGUCAAAAAGAAUGCGAGCGUAUUCAAGCUAUGGCUGAUGAACUCGCCAAAUUCGGUAUUAGGACGCAGCAAGAUCCUGACUCUAUCACCAUCUUCCCGAGACCAGCCUCGGAGCUCAACACUGAGGUUGUCGUUCAUUGUUAUGAUGAUCACCGUGUAGCUCUCGCUUUCUCGUGCUUGGCUCAAAAGGUCGCCGGAACAAUCUUAGAUGAAAAGCGUUGUGUUGAGAAAACGUGGCCAAAUUGGUGGGACGAUCUUCAAAAUAAGAUCGGUAUACCAGUUAGUGGUGUUGACGCUCAUCCAGUCGCUGGCCCUCCUUCCCCUAAGCUUGCUCCUGUGCCCGCUGCCGCUCCCUCCGGAGCUUACAUCCCCGAUGCUUCUAUUUUCAUUAUCGGUAUGCGUGGCAGUGGAAAGACAACAGUUGGUAAGCUGGCGUCUGGUACUCUCAACAGGAAGUUCUUAGAUGCGGACGCUAUUCUUGAAGAAGACACCCAAGUCCCUGUCUACAACUACGUCCAAAAAUUCGGUUGGGACGCUUUCAGAAAGGCAGAGUUGGACGUAUUAAGAAAACUAAUAGAGAAGCAUUCACAAGGCUACGUUAUUUCUCUCGGCGGUGGCGUUGUGGAGACAGCCGAAGCGCGCGAGCUUCUGAAGGCUUAUGCCGCCGACAAAGAAGGAGGGCCAGUAGUCUACGUCGAGCGCGACGAAGGUGAGAUAGUGAACUACCUCCAAAAUGAAAAGUCACGUCCGGCGUAUGCGAGUGGUGAUGCAGUCAAAGAUGUUUUGCACCGCCGCAAACCAUGGUUCCUCGAGUGCGCCACACAUCGCUUCAUCAAUCAUCUCACUCUCCAAGCGCGCGUGAACGAAAUAAUGUCAGGAAAGCACACGGAUCUCUCCAACAGCAUGCUUCGUUCAGAGGUCAGGGAAAUAAAGCGAUUCUUCAAAUUUAUUUCGGGAGAUGAUGUCAAUAGUGUCGACGUAUAUGCUAGAAGAACUUACUUCUUGUCGCUCACAUACCCGGAUCUGUUUGAGGCGCUGCCUAUUCUCGAUAAACUGAGUGAAGGCGUCGAUGCACUUGAGGUGCGCGUCGAUCUGUUAUCGGAAGAUGGCAAGGCUCCCGUUACUCCAAACGUACCAUCGGCGGAGUACGUAUCUCUUCAGCUCUCCGCACUUAGACAGUGCACAUCCCUGCCAAUUAUUUAUACUGUCAGGACUCAUAGCCAGGGUGGGAUGAUACCUGAUGAUAAGCUGGAAGAUAUAGCUGCUUUAAUUGAAUUGGGUGUCGCUCUCGGUAGUGAAUUUGUGGACGUCGAACUUAAUCUCCCUGACUCGCUUAUCGGGGGUAUAGUCGAACGCAAGGGAAAUUCCAAGAUUAUUGCUUCGAUGCAUGAUUUCCCUGGUGACUUCAAGUGGGAGUCAGUUGAGAUGAGAGCCAAAUUUGACGCGGGUGCUAAAUACGGAGACAUAGUUAAACUCGUCGGUCGCGCCAACUCGAUCCAGGACAACUUUGAUGCAUUCAAAUUCCUCAAUAAGUUACCAUCAUCAACGCCAGUGCUGGCGUUCAAUGUGGGCGUGGUGGGACAAUUGAGCAGGAUUAUGAAUUACGUUCUCACUCCAGUGACGCAUGAGCUGCUGCCCUCAAAAGCGGCACCUGGGCAGCUCUCAUUCAGGGAAAUUCAGCAAGCACUCCAUCUUAGUGGGCAACUUCCACAGAAAAAGUUUUAUCUGCUCGGAUGUCCGAUUAAGCAGUCUCAAUCACCUACACUUCACAACACUGGAUUCAAGCAGUUGGGACUUCCAUAUGUGUAUGGUCUGCAUGAGGGAGAGCAGCUUGAUGAGAGUGUUGAUGAGUUGCUUUAUAGUGAAGAAUUCGGUGGUGCCUCAGUGACUAUCCCUCACAAAGUGAACAUUCUCAGUAAACUUGACACUCUGUCUAUGCCAGCCAAGGCAAUUGGAGCAGUCAACACGGUUGUUGUGAGGGAAGGGCUGAAUGGGAGGAGAGAAUUGUUCGGUGAUAACACAGAUUGGCAAGCUAUCAGGAGCUGUGCGCAGUCGUCUGUCAGUGGGAAUGAUCCAAUCACUGCGGAGUCGGCCGGACUGGUUAUUGGAGCUGGAGGAACGUGUCGCGCAGCUCUGUAUGCGUUGCAUGCUUUGGGAUGUGGUAGUAUCUAUCUAUACAAUCGUACGCGGGCGAAUGCGGAAAGCGUUGCGAAGGAGUUUCCGUCAUUCAACAUACGAGUGCUCGAUGAUCUUAACAGUGUCACUAGCAAGCCACAAGUAAUCGUCUCAUGCAUUCCAGCAUCUGCUACGACUUGCGAGGUAGGAAACAGAGAGGGAAUCUUCCUCCCAAAAAGCAUUUUCGGACGCACGUCGGGAGUCGUGAUUGACAUGUCGUACAAACCAUUCAAGACGCCUCUGCUGGAGUUGGCGGAGAGUGCAGCUCACUGGGUGGGUAUACCUGGAGCUACUAUUCUACUCGAACAGGGAUUUAAGCAGUUUGGGCUGUGGACUGGCAGACAGCCGGCAAGGAAGGACGUCGAGAAGGCCGUCUGGGACAAAUACAUGGAGGUACAUACAUAA